AUGGUGAGGAAGACGGUUUCCAAGACUUCUGGAACAGCUGCGUCGCCAAUCGUCCCGAAAUCUUCUGACUCUCAGUUCCGACAGCGAACCGAUACAGGCUGCCAUGGCGAGAUCUCGUUCUUCCCGUCGUCGGAUUAA